AUGUCUCAGUACUCAGGAAAGGUGAGUACCACAGCAAGGGGUUCGAUGCAGCAGUACAACCCUCCCAACACCACCAACAUCACCAACAUGUCAAUGCAAAGGCAUCACAAAGACAUCAAUAUUGUGUUCUAUGAGGGGAAAUGUUUCACCGGGAGGAAACUGGAGAUCUGCAGCGACUGUGACAACUUCCAGGAUCGCGGCUUCAUGAACAGGGUCAACUCUGUCCGUGUGGAGAGCGGGGCCUUCGUCUGCUUUGACCACCCAGACUUCAAGGGCCAACAGUACAUUCUGGAGCACGGAGAGUACCCUGAAUUCCAGCGCUGGAAUGCCCAUAAUGAUCACAUGGGCUCCUGCAGGCCAAUCAGGAUGCAUGGAGAGCACUACAGGAUGGAGCUGUUCGAGGGAGACAACUUCUCCGGACAGUGUGUGGAGCUGUGCGAUGACUGUCCAUUCCUGCAGGCUCGUGGCCUGACCAAGAACUGUAUCAACUCCAUCAGGGUUUAUGGAGAUGGAGGCUGGGUUCUGUAUGAGGAGCCUAACUACCGUGGCCGCAUGUACAUCGUGGAGAGAGGAAACUACAGCACCCACAUGGAGUGGCAGGCAGAGAACCCCAACAUCCAGUCUGUUCGCAGGGUGGCAAACUACUUCUAAAGUAUGUCGGUGGCAAUGUGACUGAAGGAACGAGAUCAGCCGCUGAGGAAAAACGCACUACCACUCUAUCAAGUAAUCACAUGCUGACUCUGUGGGGCUGUAAAUUAAUAAAAACUGAAGAAAAAUGUUUGACAUUGCUUG